AUGGACUGGUUUACCGCUUCCUACGCGAUCUGUCUUGCGGGCAUGAUUGUCGGUCUUGCUUUCUUGAACGCCCUGUCCCGCACAGUACGGGCUCGGAAACAACUUGCUCAUCUUAUGGAGAAGUAUCUCGUCUAUCGGUUUCUCGUUCAUCGCCACUCGCUACUUGGUCCUUGGAACGCUAUUUCCUUGCUCAUUCCAACCCUCCUCCUAGGCGUGAACGUGUUCUGCCUGACUUUCCGACCGUCAACCCUUGUCGCCCGCUCCGGGAACCUGGCCCUCCUCAACAUGCUUCCCCUGUUCUCUGGACCCUGCUUGGACUUCACCGCAGACAUACUCGCCGUACCGCUCCGGCACUACGCAGUGUUUCACAGGUGGCAGGGCCGGGUCGCCACAAUUCUCCUUGCGGGUCACAUCAUCAGCGCCAUGGGAGACGACAAGUUCUCGGUCCAAGUUUCCGAUGGUGCCAGCGAGCUCCUCAUGGUCACGGGAUCCAUCGCCAUGGUGGCAGCGGCAACAAUGACCUUUCUCCCCUUUUUCCGACGCCGUAUCUACGAGCUUUGUCUGAGAGCCCACCAAGCGCUUGCUUGUCUGGCAGCGGUGGGGCUAGCGUUCCAUCUGCGGUCGAUGGCCGGUCGCUCAUGGCUUUGGCUGUACGUCUAUCUUGCUGUGACGGCGCUGAUAACCUUUUCACAAAUGAGCCUGAUGGCGUUCCGUAACAAGGCGAUGGGACGAACGUCUGGCAGAGCCUACAUCAAUCAUGAUGCCGGGGCCGUGCGCGUCUCGAUUCAGCUAUCAAGGCCACUUACCUUCGAGGCGGGCCAGUAUUUGCUUGUGUGGAUGCCGAGAGUCCGCCUGUUGGAGAGCCACCCCUUCGUCGUGACCUCGUGGGCCGAGGCGGAACAGGACAUCGUCGAUCUUUUUAUCGAACCGUGCAGAGGGUUCACUUCCAGUCUUGUUCGGUAUUCCACGAGCGCGCCCGUGCCGGUGUGGGACUACGAGGCGGUGCUCAUGGUGGCUACGGGUCAUGGAAUCGCAGCUCAGGCGCCGUACCUCAAGAAGCUGGUCUACGGAUACAACCACUGCAGAGGUCGCACGCGGCAGAUCCACCUUAUCUGGCAGGUAGCCAACCUCGAUAUCGUGCAUGCGGCUGAGUCUAUCCUGAAUCCCAUACUGAAUGACGACACGCUAGAUAACGGCUACAUCCUCGAUAUUUCCAUCUUCUUGGACACAAAGACACAGGGAAUGUCUGUCGGCGGUCUCCAGACCCUGCUACCAGAGUGUGCCAGUGACGAGCAGAUUGCUGCGUGCGCCCCGACACAUGUCCUGGGCACGGCCGACGCCGAGCGGCUGAUCAACAAGCAUCUCCACGGCGGCAGCAAUCGAUCACACGGUGAGCCGACUCGCGUGAAGGAUUUUGGCACAAGAGCGCGGCUUUAUGUCGGCAGCCCUGACCUAACGGCGAGCCUAUGGGGCGAAGCGUCUAACUUGUUCGGCCGCACAUCGCCCGACGCACUUGGAAACAUGGGAGAUAUGUUGGUCCUCGGUACGCUCUGUGUUCUCGAUGAUGAAUGCUUUCUGACCGGUUUCGCAGUAUCUGCUGCAAAUGCAACGCGGGACGUCCUUUACGAUCUUGCGGGCGGGUUCCGGAUGGACGAUAACCACCCUUUGUUUUCCGAGUUCCAGAGAAGAGAAGAUUUGCGCCAGUAUCUCCGAACCAAUGUGUGGCUGCGGGAGCUUGAUUACCAGCCGGCCGGCUGA